AUGAUGGCUCUUCCAUGGAAACGUCUGAUUCGCUUUGAGGCCGUUGAUGGCCGCAUCCUACGCGGAGAGCCUUUGUUGCCCGAGACCAAGGAGAUUGAUCUUGGAUUUGUUACUGAGAAGGAUCGGAUUGAAGCUAAGGUGCUUGUCGGAGAUGAUAUCUACGAUGUCACAGGCAAGACCAAAUUGACAGCAGAGACGGUAUUGGUCAAGAAGAUACUGUCGCCAUUGGCCCAGAGCGAUGUGCCUAUCUUACGCUGCGUUGGUCUAAACUAUGCCAAACACAUCAAAGAGGCAGGACGCAAGCCUCCCCCGUUCCCCUUCAUUUUUUUCAAACCCUCCACCACUAUCCAUGACCAUGGAGAACCUGUGGUGAUCCCUAAGAUCGCUCAAAACGACCAGGCCGACUACGAAGGAGAAUUGUGCAUCGUGAUUGGAAAAGAUGCCAAGGACGUCCCGGUGGAAGAGGCCUUGAACUAUGUCGCCGCUUAUACUGCUGGAAAUGACGUUUCCUCCAGAAAGCUCCAGCGAGACCCUGCCUACGCUGGUUCCGUUCCGCAAUGGGGCUUCUCUAAGGGCUUUGACACUUUCGCCCCUCUCGGUCCGGUGUUAGUAGCCGCCUCGGAAAUAGCAGACCCAAGCCUGCUACAGUUAAAGACCAUUAUUGAUGGUGAAGUCCGCCAAGAAGAGGGCAUCUCCGAUCUUCUAUUUGACUGCAAGUAUUUGAUUUCAUACUUGUCUCAGGGUACUACCUUGCAAAAAGGCAGUAUCAUCAUGACUGGGACUCCCGGUGGCGUCGGUGCUGGCUUGAGCCCUCCUAAGUACUUAGUUCCUGGGACCCAGAUGGACGUGUUUAUUUCAAAGAUUGGCACCUUGCGAAACAACGUUGUCUUUGCAUGA